UGAUUGGUUAUUGGAAAGAUGGACCGGUGCGUGGGUAAAAAACGUAGGUUAGGAUAAAAUAAACAUGUAAACGACAACAGAAUUGACGUUUCAGCGAUUUUUGUAUUUUUGUUAUGUUUAAACAGAUGGAUUUAUGGAUAGACUUUCUGCAAAGUCUUUCAUUUAUGAAAAAAAACCUUCAACAACAAUUAACUUGAAGAGAAGUUAAGACUAAAUUGGAAGCAAAGGAACGGAAUGGACCACACAUUUGGGAAUUUCUGUGUAUCUCACAGCAUAACAAAAGAAUGUGAUGUAAUUGGAAUGGCUGGGCAGCUCAUGGGUCCCAAAAAUCUUGUUGAAACUGUAAUGGAGGAGGUGGUGAAACAAGAAGCCAUGGACACAGACCAGGCUAGCACAGUUUUUGAAAAAGCCCUAUUAGAAGCAUCAGACCCAGAAAUUAAUGUCUGCAAACAAAGUGGAGUUCCUCCUGCUAAAUUAUUGCAAUUCUCUUUCAAGAAUGAGUAUUUAUCAAUGAUGGAUGUAACACAAAAUGCGAACAGCUGGACAAACUCAGAUAAUCAACACACAGACUAUCACAAGAGUGUGGAAUUAAAUGGAAAUGGGCUUUGCUCUACGGAAGCUGAAUGUAAUUUGAUAUGCAACUCUUUGCAAUAUAUAUCAGAAACAAAUACGUCAAUAGCUAGUGCUCAGUUGUUAAACACUGGAACGCUUACAAUCAAUAUACCAAAUAACAAUGCUUUAAUGGGGAAAACUAGUUACAUUCCAUCAUCCAUUGCAUCCACCUCUGAAAAUUUAUUGCAGGGUCUAAUUCCUUUAUAUAAGCCUCAAGAGCAGACAAUGCUAUUGUUGACUAAUUCUGGAAAUAAUAAAGAUAUACCGGUAAUCAAUGCUGAUAAACAUGGAUUCGAAUCGGUUGAUGCUAACUUAGUUCAGCCAGAGGUCAAUGCCAGACUGCAAAAGGUGUCAUUAGCUAGCUCUUCAAACGCGAUAUUGGAACCUCCUCAGCUCACUGGCCAAGUCACAACCUUGUUGAAUGCAUCAAAUAUAAACAAAUUGAAAAAACUGUGGUCCAAGUCCAAUGCACCUAUCAAAAAAGGAGCAUUUAACACAAAUGUACAAACAAACAUGAAAAAGGGAUCUUGCAAACAUCCUACAAAUUUGAUAAUGAAACAUUUUAGAAUAAGUAAAACUAAUGAUGUUUCAAGUACUUUAAGUGUUGAAAGUGACUGCAAACAACCUAAUGAACGUGGUGAAGGCAUCAAUAUAAAUGGUGUAGUUGACACUGGGACAAUUCUAUGUACUCAAAGUAGUCAGUAUUCUAUUGAAAUUGAUGGAAUUAAAGAACAGGUAAAUACCAGCACAGAUAAUCAGUUUUUGAAAAGUACUGAAACUGAAAGAAAUCUGAAUGAAAUAUGUUCAACUUUACCUCAGGAAACAGAAAUCCAAGAAAAUAUGACAGUUCCAUCAACAGAUUCAUAUUUAUUGAAUAAGGUUACCCUGUUCAAACUGAAAUACUGCACAAAACCAUGCAAUGUUAAGUUACACAGGGUUGAAAAUGUUUACAAGUCAUUCUGCAAUUUGAGCAUUGACCUGUACCCUCUUCAUCUUGAGAGAACAUGCAGAAAAGAUUUGAACCAUAAUGGUCAACAAAGAAGAUCAAAGAGAACAAAACCUGAGGGUUUAUCAUCAAUGGCUUUUACAAAUGGCACAUAUGAUGGUACUUCUGGUUAUAAUGAUAUGAUAACAGAAGAGGAUUUGAGUAUUUUGGUACCAUCAGAUGAUGAAAACGAUAAGGACUAUAAUCCUUGGCAAUACAUGAAGGGAUGUACUGAAAAGGAGAAAACUUGCAAUGGCUUUGUCUUAGAGAAAUCAGAAUUCGAAGAAGUGGAUAUUGAUGAGAACGAAUUAUUCUGUUUAAAUGUAGAAGCACAAAAACAAACCGUGCCAGACAGACGACUCAUGGAGACAGACUUAACAGCUAAAUCAGAAACACACAAAUUGGCUUGUCGGUUCUGUAGUUUCAUUGGUAAAACAAGACUGAGUUAUGCCUUUCAUAUGAAAAGGUCCCACAGGAAGGUUAAAUGUGAAUAUUGUCCAAAAUUACUCCUGAGAGAGACAGCUGCUUUCUUCCAGCAUUUGGCAUUGAAACAUACAGGACUUAAGUACUUCAAAUGUGACUUUGAAAGCUGCCAGUUUUCAACAAAGACCCAAUACGAUCUUAAACAGCACAAGAAGUGUUUCCAUGCAACAGAAAAGAAAUACUCCUGCUCUUUAUGCGACUUUCAUACCAAAUGGGCUAAGAAUUUGAGGCAUCACAUGCUUAUGCGGCACAGCGAUGAAAGAAAGUUUGCAUGCACAGUGUGUCCAUUCAGAGCUAAGCGUAAACUGGAUCUCAAACAGCACAUGUUCCGUCAUACUGAUUUGAAGCCAUUGUCUUGCGAUCUGUGUGGGUUUGCUUGCAAAACAAACUGGGAGCUGAAAAGUCACAAGUUGAAACAUUCCUCAGAGAAACCUUUCAAAUGUAAAUUCCCAGGAUGCAAUGCAGCCAAAAAAAGCAAUUCUGACCUGAUCAAACAUAUGGUGGUUCAUAAAGUUGUAAGAGAUUUUGUGUGUCAGCAAUGUACCAAAAGUUUCAAAUGCCAGCGGAGUUUAAACAAGCACGUUUCAUAUGCUCACACAGAAGGAAGAAGAUUUGAGUGUGAUACGUGUGGAUUGGGCUUUAAAGUGAAAUCUGCCCUGACCAAACACAUGGUUGUUCAUUCAGAUUUCAAGCCAUUUCAGUGUGCAAUUUGUGGUUUCAGAUGUCGAUUGAAAUCUAACCUUAACUCACAUAUGGUCACUCAUGACACCUCAACCAGGUCCUAUGUUUGUCCCUUGUGCCCAUACUGUGUUGUAGAUCCAAUGAACUUAUUCCCCCAUAUUGGGGUCUUCCAUCCUGAUUAUUGCUUUUACUGUGAGUUGUGCAGAAAACCAUUUUCCAGGUACCUUCAACUUAAGCAGCAUCUAAAGCGAAGAUCAAUCCACAGCCUCAAUGAAAUCCAGGAAUUGAAAAAACGUCCUGCAAGUGAUUUGUGUUUAACGGUAGCAGACUCUGAUGAAUAUGUUCCCCAGUGUGAAGAUGACUCAUGUGAUCAAGAUGCUGGAAAAGGUUUACCAUUUCUAAAAAAAGAGGUUGUUGAUGAUUCACUGCCAUCAAAGACUAAAGGUUUAAAGGGAGCUAUUAAUUGUUCAGGAGUUAGUCCUAUGAUUCCAGAGAGCCUUUGCCAGACAAGCAGUCCAAAAAAGAUUGCGGUUGUUGGUGUCUAUGGUGAUCUAAGGAUCUCCCUAGCAACCAAGGGAUUCCAGUUUAAUUAUGAUAAAAGUGGGAAAAAAUCUAAAACUUGGUUUAUGGACUAUAAGCUUAUGGAUAAGGAACAAUCAGAGAAAUAUAAGAAAUACUUGAGAAAACAGAGAAUUCUGCCACCAAUCCCCAGAGGACAUCCCCCUAAAGGUUACAAAAAAUUGUCAAAGUUAUUGAAAAGUAAUAGAGCUAGAGCUGGUCCACAGACUUAUGCAAAAAAGAUUGCAAAGAACAGAGAUACCAUUGAUGCAGAGCAUUUAGCAGCCAUGGAAACACUAUCUGUGAAGACUGAAGUAGACGAUGCUUUAACACAGGUUAGAUCACAGAAAAUCAAUAGCCAAGAAAGAAAUGCUCCAAGUUUUGUUAAAGAGGUAACAACAAACCCAGUUAAGCAGAUUAGAAGAAUGUGUACCAAAGACUCAAACAAGUUGAUUACAGAAGGGAAAAAGCCAAAGAGAGUGGAAUUGAAAUCCAUGGUUGAAAAGAUUUGUCAGAGAGCACAAGGUUCAGAACCAGCCAUUCUGAAACAAACAAAUAAGACACCUGUAGGGAAGAAAAAGAGGAAAAAUACUGUAAAAGUAAAAAAUGUGCCAAGUAAGAAAGGUGUAAUCCAAAAUUGUGAGAAAUCCAAGACAUCUUGCGUGAAAAAUGGACAAGAGUCCAAAAAACGAAAGAUAGGAAAUGAAGCUAACAAUGACUAUCAGCCAAAAUACAAAUAUGUGCCUGUGAAACCCCCAAAGAAAAAGAAGAAAACUGUUGCAAGUAAGCAAGUAAAUGCUGGUCUGGUAUCAUAUGUAGAAGGCUUAUCAGGAAGGAAUAAAACAGCUGCAACAGCGACAGGAAAGUCAACAACAAAACAGCCGAUGAGAAAGAGGACUAAGAUCUGUAAAAAACAAACGGAAAACUGUGAUGAUGACACAAUGGAUUAUUCUCACCAAGAUAUGCAUGAAGCACUUCAUAUGGAAAUAGCUGACUCAGGCAGGCAGAUGAUUGUUUAUUACCCAAGUGAUGCUGAGCAAGUACCCAUGCCAGUUUUUCUCGAGAAAGUGUCUGAUAACGUUGAGGAAGGUAAAUUCACUGUGAAUGUCAAUAACAGUGAAUACUUGGUCAAUGUAGGUGGAAAUGUUUUAAGAGUUUAUGAAAAUGAAGAGGAUUACGAGCUAGAAGAUGAAGAUGACAAGGCAUUACUUGAUAUUGAUAAGGAUCUGUGUGAAGUGGCAUGCCAAGUACAGAAUAAAAGCAUGGAAACUAAAGUGUUUGUAAAACAGGAGCCAGCAGAUUAAGAUUAAGGUUUUGGAUAUUCAGAGAACAAAAUAAGAAUAAUUAGGAAGACUCGUACUUAAAAUACACUAUGGUUUAUGGGUCAUCAUCUUUUGAAAAUAUGAAAAUUAUGAAGUGUUGCAAACACACAAUGAUAACAUAAAUUUUAGUGUUUCUGUUGGUUUUGUUAUAUUUUGUGAGAACAAAUGGAUUGCUUAUAUCAAAUGUUCAAUUCAAGAAAAAAUCCAGAUUGGUAAGUGGCUAAGGGGAUAGCCUUUUACAAAAGUCACUGGUUCAAGCAGGGAUUGGAAAACUUUUUUCUUUCAAAACUUCUAAAUUGGUGAAUAUACUGGCUCUCUUUUAUUCUGCUGUGUACAUUUAUCAACUAAAACAUUUAAUUAAGGCCUCCAUAAAAGGUCAAAAUCUUUUAAGGAAUCCUUUUAAAUUGGCUGAUGUUAAAUUGCCUAACGGGGAGUUUGUUUUUGAAUACAUGUAAAGACUAAUUAAUAUUGUUUGUGAGAUAAUGGGCUAAGUUUUGACCUUUGCUGAUUUACUUUUUGUUUUCAAAGAAAUGAAAUAAAUCAAUCACUAAAAAAUCCAGUCAGUUCUGUUUAGGGGUAGAGUUAAAACCAGAUCUUUUGCUGGUAUUUGUUGACACAGCUUCCUAUCAUUUUUAUCUCUCUUGAGAAAGAAUUGCUCAUUGUUAGCUAUUGUGGUCCCUUGCUGUAGUGCCCUUCAUCAUUCCUUGUAUGUCGUCUACUUGUAGCUCAUUACCUCUCUAGAGGGAUACAUAUUUAUCAAGUCUUGGUCACUUUUCGUCAGAAUGAUAUUAUGACAAUAUCUAGGUAUAGUUUGAAUCUGGGACAAGUGAAUCCAAAACUGAGCUCACAAGGUAUAUUGUUAUUGUUUAUUGUCCAAUCUUCAUGAAAUUUGGUCACAAGAUUGGUCUCAAUGAUAUCUGGGAUGAGUUUGAAAAUGCUUACGUUUGCUUGAAAAGCAUCGCUGCCAAGGGGCGGGCCUUUUUCCUUAUAUGACUCUAUAUGGCUAUACUAAAAUCUUGUUAACACUCUAGAGGCCACAUUAAUUUUCCGAUCUUCAUGAAACUUGCUCAGAAGAUUUGUCCUAAUGAUAUCUUGGAUGAGUUCAAAAAUGGUAACCUUUGCUUGAAAAACAUGACUGCCAAGGGGCGGGGCAUUUUUCUAAUAUGGCUAUAUAUGGCUAUAGUAAAAUCUUGUUAACACUCUAGAGGCCACAUUUAUAGUCCGAUCUUCAUAAACUGGGUCAGAAGAUUCAUCCCAAUAAUAUCUUGGACGAGUUCGAAAAUGAUGCCGAUUGGUUGAAAAACAUGGUCACCAUGGGGGCGGGUCAUUUUUUCUUAUAUAGCUAUAGUAAAACUUGUUAACACUCUAGAGGUAACAUUUAUUUUCCGAUCAUCAUGAAACAUGGUCAGAAGAUUUGUCCCAAUGAUAUCUUGGAUGAGUUCGAAAAUGGUUUUGGUUGCUUUAAAAACAUGGCCACCAGGGGUGGAACAUUUUUCCUUAAAUGGCUAUAUAUGGCUCUAGUAAAACCUUUUUAACACUCUAGAGGCCACAUUUAUUGUCCAAUCUUCAUGAAAUUUGGUCAGAAGAUUGGUCUCAAUGAUAUUAUGGAUGAGUUGGAAAAUAAUUAAUGUUUGCUUGAAAAACAUGGCUUCCUAGGGGCGGCACAUUUUUCCUUAUAUGGCUAUAGUAAAAUAUUGUUAACACGCUAGAGGCCUACAUUUACUGUCUGAUCUUCAUGAAACUUGGUCAGAAGAUUCAUCUCUAUAAUAUCUUGGAAGAGUUCAAACAUGAUGCCGGUUGGUUGAAAAACAUGGCUGCCAAGGGGCGGGGCAUUUUUCCUUAAUAUGGCUAUAGUAAAACCUUGUUAACACUCUACAGGCCACAUUUAUUUUCCGAUCUUCAUGAAACUUGGAUCAGAAGAUUUGUCCCAAUAAUAUCUUGUUAUCUCAGGUGAGCGACUUUGGACCUUUCAGGCCCUCUUGUAUGUGUUAUUUAUUGAUCAAAUACACCCCUAUAUUUACUAAGCAAUGUUUGACAAUGUAAAUGUGCUAUUGUAUCUUGUGGUAAUGACAAUUUUUAUAAAUGUGUUUAAAUCUAUUUGUAUAUUUUGAAGAAACUUGACACGUGUUGUUUUACUUGAAAUAUAAAACAGGAAAACAUCCUUGUCAAAAGGAAGCAUUGUUAUUUUUGAAUUACAUUGGUUACUGUUUAGAUCAUGUUGAGGGUUUGUAUGUUAAGUUUGGCAACUUAUUAAUUGGGUCACCUUUCUGUUUUAGCUCACCUGAGGAUAAAGUGCUCAUGUUUAGCUAUCGUGGUUGGUCUAUGUCCAUCAUCUGCGUCUGUUGUCAGUAAUAGGGUCGUCAAUUUACAGCUUCCAGGGCCCUCGUUUUGCACUUUUUAUUGCGGAAUAUAUUGUUAGAAAACAAGGUUGUGAGGUCAAAUAGUACAAAAAACUCAACAUUCUAGACUGCAGGCCACGUUUAUAUUAAUCGUGAGGAAAUUUGGUAAGGAUGUUAAUCAUGACAAUUUCUAGGCCCAAGUGAAAUCUGGGUCAUGUGAGUCGAAAAGGAAGGUCACCAAGAAUGGUCAGAAUCCUGUUAAUGUGCAUUCAAACACAAGGUCACCAGGUAAAAUCUUAGAAGAAAUAUUGUUAUAAUUCUAGAGGCCUUAUUUAUUACUCAAUCUUAUUGAAACUUGGUCAUCACCUUGAUGUACACAAUAUCUUGACCGAGUUAAGAUCUAGGUAAUGUCUGUUCAAAACUAGGUCAUCUAGAUCAAAUCUUAAAAAACUUGUUAACAUAGUUGAUUCAACAUUUAUGAUUGAGAUUUAAUCUUGAUAACACAUUAUCUGAAUGGUUAUCUUGACAGUGUGUAGGUGGAGUUUGAAUCUGAGUUACAUGUUUCCCAAAACUAGGUCAACAGGUCAAAUCUUUGAAAAAAAAACAUUGUUACCGCUCUAUAAGCCACUUUUUGACCCAAUCAUGAUAAAACUUGGUCAGAAUGUUAAUCUUGAUAAUAUCUAGGCAAAGUGUUUGUUAGGGUUAUGUGUUAAAACUACUAGGUCCCCAGGUCAAAUCUUAGAAACCUAUUAUUUCACUCUAGAUGCCACAUUUAUGAUUCAAUUUUGAUUAAACAUGGAUAAAAUAAUUAUCUUGACAUUAUUAAAGCCAGGUUUGAAUCUGGGUCAAAUGAUGUCAACAUUGCGCCACCAUGAAAAGUUUUCCACUAUUCGUUUACCUUGAAAUCAGGUAAGCGCUUCAGGUCCAUCAUGGAAUUCUUGUUUGUGCUAAUAGUCAAUGAAUCCAUUAUUAUUUUAUUUAUUGUAUGGGCAUAUUCUUUAAUUUUAUUUUCCUCUUUACUGGCUUUGUGCACUUUCUUUUAUCAACUAGCAAUUGAUUCAGUUUUUAUAGUUGAUAAGUUUGUAUGUAAAGAGAAAUAGAGAUUGACUAUGCUUGUAAAAGUACAAUUUGUACUGCUUACUGAAUAUACCACAUUGUUUAUACUAGAUACAAAACUACAUGUAAGCUUAAAGAAAAAUACAUGUCUUCACUGAUGACAUGUUUUACCCAUGAAUUUACAAUUUGUAAUUGUCAUCGUAUUAUUACUAUAUAAAAAUUUAAACAUAAACUUUCAAGUGUUGAAAGUCAUUAAUUAAAAUUCGUACCAAAAUUUAGUUAGUUCACUAUAAUUGAAACCUUUCUUAGUCGUUAUAUCAUUGGACUGUUCCCACAUUAAAGAUAUAAAAGUUAUACACAUUUAAAUUCUGGUUUAUUUGAAGUAUAUUGUUUUAUGUGAUUGUUGUAUAGAAACUUGUUUCUUGUAUCUUGUAUGGGUUUUGUCACUGUUAUUGGAUUGUAACAUGCAUACCUUAUUAUGCCCCCAUCAAAGAUGGUGAACUAUAUGAGUUUGCUAUUGUCUUUUACAAUACUUUCAAUGUUUCCUCUCUCAAACUAACACUGCAUCAUUUCCCUUCACCACACUAAAUGACAAUAUUUAUGGGCAUUAUUCUUUAGGCUUGGUUUCCAUAUGAAUCAUGGAGUUAUGGGCCUGUACAUGUAGCUAUCAGGAUUUUGCCUUUUACAGUUCUUCCUUAUUUCCUUACAAUAUAAAUCUUAACAAUUUUCAUCCAAUAUUCAGAAUUCAUCAAAUGUAUUUAUCGUGUGUAAAGAUUAAAAUAGUUUCUGAUAGGAACUGCAGUGUUAUGGCACGUGAUGAUUUCAUCAUUAACCCUUUCAGUGCGGGAACUGAAUUUUGAAGGCCUUUGCAAACAGUUUGGAUCCAGAUGAGACGCCACAAAAUAUGGUGUCUUCAUCAGGAUCCAAACUGUUUGCUAUUCUGAUAAUAUUCUUUGAAAAAAAUCGAAGAAAAUGCUAAUUUUAGAAAUUCAGCAGACGACAUUUUAGCAGACGACAAAUUUCCCAGCAUGCAAAUGGUUAACAUUUUUAAGUAUCCUGCCCCUUGAUGUCAAGGAGUUCUCAUCCAAAACUUUGCAUAGUUUUGUCUCAAUUCUUCUUUGAACUUUUAGAGGGCAUGAGUGUUCUACAAACAGCUUUUACUGUAAUAUUAUAUUUCAUUAUACCCAUGUAAUGGAAAUUAUACAUUGUUUAUCUGCAUAUUUAUUUCUGUAUUAUUUAUUGCACCGUCCCUUCUACAUUAUUUAUUGCACAAUUAGUUAAAAAUAUUUUACAUGUUAAUGUUUUGAAAACUAGCUAAAAUAUUUGUUGUUUCUUACCCAAUUAACAUUAAUUCACCGUUGUUAGUUACUGUGUUUAGCACUGAUCAAGUUACAGAUGUAUUAAUUAAGAUUCUAAUAAAUAUUGUUUUCAAAAAUAA